AUCUGUUGUUUGGGCUCCCUGGGAAGUACAGCGGGGUGAACCUCUACAACAGGAAGCGAGUGGUGUCGUACACCGUCACACUGGGUCUCCAGCGAUACGAUUCCAGGUUCCUCAGCAGCCUCCGCUCUCGCCUCAAGCUGCUGCAUCCCAGCCCGAACUGCACGCUGCGAGAGGAGAACAUCGUUCACGUCCACUUCAAGGAGGAGAUCGGCAUUGCUGAGCUGAUACCCCUCGUCACCACCUACAUUAUCCUCUUCGCCUACAUCUACUUCUCCACACGGAAGAUCGACAUGGUGAAAUCGAAAUGGGGCCUGGCGCUGGCAGCGGUCGUGACGGUGCUCAGCUCCCUGCUCAUGUCCGUUGGGCUGUGCACGCUCUUCGGUUUGACGCCCACUCUUAACGGAGGAGAGAUAUUUCCAUACUUGGUGGUGGUGAUUGGCCUGGAGAACGUGCUGGUUCUCACCAAGUCUGUUGUCUCUACGCCCGUUGACCUGGAAGUGAAGCUCCGCAUUGCCCAAG